GAUUGACACCGCGGCCAUUUCCCUUCUGAACGACUCGCUACCAUUGAGGGUGAGAGACGGUAAAUAAGUCAUAAGGCUCAUCUGAAACACUUUUGGAUUUUAACUUUAUAGAGGUGAUUGCGAGUAGCCAUGGCCCGUACUAAACAGACAGCCCGCAAGUCCACUGGUGGAAAAGCUCCCCGUAAGCAGCUGGCCACUAAGGCUGCUCGCAAGAGUGCGCCCUCUACUGGAGGAGUCAAGAAGCCCCAUCGCUACAGACCUGGUACUGUGGCUCUGCGUGAGAUUCGUCGGUACCAGAAAUCUACUGAGCUACUGAUCCGCAAGCUGCCUUUCCAGCGUCUGGUCAGGGAGAUUGCCCAGGACUUCAAAACGGACUUGCGCUUCCAGAGUGCUGCCAUUGGAGCCCUGCAGGAGGCCAGUGAGGCAUACCUGGUGGGUCUUUUUGAAGACACUAACCUGUGUGCCAUUCAUGCCAAGCGUGUCACCAUCAUGCCCAAAGACAUCCAGCUGGCACGCCGGAUCCGUGGAGAACGGGCCUAAUUUCCUUUUCUCUUCUUUUUACACCUGUCUGUCUGAUUUCCUUUCUGUCUCCCCUUUGACUUUUAUCUGUCUCAUUGGUAGUUUUUAGAAUAACACUGAUUAUAGGGAGGCAAUUGUGUAUAGGCAUGUCUUUAUAUGUCUCGCUUGCUCUGUCUGUCUCUCUCACACACGUACAUUAGUUACAACAGACUAGCAUUGGUCACAAGAGAUUUAUAAGGGAUAAUACCAUCAGGGAGGUGACAAGGAUGGAUUAAAUAGUCAUUUGGGAGGUCAUAGGAGGUUUGCGUUUUGGGCUGCUGUCUGCUAAUGGGGGCUUUUUAGACUCCCUGAGUAGGGUGCUAUAACAGUCCUGAGCCCCUCCUCUCAUUUUUCCCAGAAUGCACUUUACUUUCCAUUCUGAAUCAAUGUAUUUUCUAUUCUUCACCAUUGUCUCAGACAUCUGUGCACAUGUGUGAGGGGGUGUGUGUUUAGACACUGAUCACCAGUCUUUAUUUGUAUCUAAUCAUUUCUCUGGCAUAUUUUAUUAGGACAGUUGAUAAUUGUAAUAUUUGAUGUUUCCUUUUUUUAAUGUUUUUCAAUUAAAUUUAUUUCACAGUACUAGAACAUAUUUUUUUACAGGAAAAAAGGGUUGAGGACCCACAAAGAAACACUUUAAAUUUUUAUUUUCUUUUUCUUUUUUUGGGGGGGGGGGCAGGUGUCUGUAAAGAAUUGUCUUUCUAAUAGAUCAUACAUAGGAAUAUAGGAGCUUUUCAUGAAGGUGCAUGCGAUAUAAAAAGGUUCAGAUGUAUCUUAUAUUUCUGUCUAUAUACACUUGAAAUUUGUUAAAUUGGGUUUUUUUCUGUUUAUGCAAAAUGAAUUAAUUCCUUCCAUUUUGAGUUUUCA